AUGUCGAACAUGUCGCUCUCAGACUCGGACCUAUCGUCGCUUUCGUCGGCGCCUCCGUCCGACGAAGAAACGGGCUCCAUGGCCAUUGAUGAGCCCGUCGGCAUCGCGAAGUACUUCAAGAAGGAGUCCGAAUCUCCGCCGCCGAAGCGGGAGCCCUCACCACCCCACGAAUAUGUGUUGGCGGAUAAUCCAGAUAUUGCAUUCAUUGUAAUGUUCCGUGCGCGUUUUCACGAUGCGUUCCCGCGAUCUACACCACACUUUGGACCACAAGAUGUUGAAAGAGGCGUCGCGGAAUCUCCUCCGGGCGAUCAUAUUGAGAGAUUAUUAUGUGCAUUUCUUGGAUUGGUAUUGAAUCGGAAGAAGGAUGUCGAUCGGAAUCACUACCAGCGUCCCUUGGAAGAGGCGAUCCAAACCCACGCUUCUCAGUGGCCUAAGGCUUGGCAAGGCAAGAACCCUCUGCACGGGGGUCGCACUUUCGCAACCAUGUCGCCAGAAGAACGCUUGCUGUUAUUGAGAUCCUUGAUCCUCUGGUCCCUUGCCUCGUCCGAUGCCAUUCAGGCUAAAAUCAAAGAGUCCUACAAACAGGCACGCCACGAAGACGACCUGAACCAACCACUCUCCGUCCAACCAUGGGGUCGCGACGGCCUCAAGCGCAGAUACUGGCUCAUCGAAGGAUUGGAUGAUACACAUUUCAGACUGUACCGCGAGGGCAACCCUGCCCUUAAGAAUGUUACCUGGUGGAGUGUGGCAGGAAAUAUCCCUGAGUUGAAGGCGGUUGCAGACAGGCUUGACGGCGAAAAAAGUAUCCACUCCAAAAAACUAAGUGAGAGGAUAAGGAACUCGAUACCCCGCUUCGAGGGCUCAGAGGAGAAACGCAAGCGUCGAGACUACCGGAUUGCGCGAAAGGCGGCAUUCGCUCGGCCGGAGCCUGGCUUCUCUCUAUAUGAAGGCCGUACACGCGGAAAGAAACUGAAAUACACCUACUCCGAUGACGAGGACAUCUUCUCUGAUGGCCUUCCUUCCACGCGGCGCUCAACGCGCAACACCUCGGGGAUCUCCACACCCCCAGAACCAGCCGGCCCUAGAUUCACAGCUAGUGGUAGGCAAAUACGGUCCCGCGCAGGCGGCCUUUACGGUGAGACGUUGUUGAGUGGACAACGCGAGGACGGCGACGCUGGCGACGAGGGUAGACCCUCAAGGGGUCGGACAACUCGAGCAAAUGGAUAUACAGAAUACGAGGACGAUGAAAUGGACGAAGGUUCAGAAGCAGGACAAUCCAGCGGAAAUGAGUGGCAAGGAGGCGAAGGCGAGGAAGAAGAGGACAACGAUUUCGAGGGGGACGACGAAGAGGAGCUGAGUGGGGAUGAAGCAGUGAUGAACGGAGAACCACCAAGCCUUGUGGUACAACUCAGGUACAAUAAGGACAAGGCCCCAAGUAGCCCCAAUGGGCCAGCAGAGGAACCCUUACAGCAAGAUCCGAAGAGCAAGGAGGAUGUGGCUAAACCGGUCACGGCGACUGGUGCCGAAGAUGCACUGCAAGGACAACCACCACCCGCGCUGAACGGGCAAUCCGCUACGGCACAGAGCUCCCAACCAGACGUGGUCGCAAAGUCUCUACCUGAUGCUGCGGCUAGCACUUCUACUAGUGUUGAUGUGUCGCAGCCGACUGCGACUGAGACGAAGACGCAAACGGCUUAA